AUGAUUCCAUCUCCCUGUAACGAACGAUGCAAUGUUCUCAAGUCUUCUAAUGUCCCUCUCGACGAUUUCUUCAAAGGCACAGAUUUACAGCAAGUCUACACUUUGCACCUAGUCGUCUUUGACACCGGCAGCCGGACCCUUGAAUUCGCUAGUACCCUCUGUGGGAGCGCCUGCAACCAGGUCCGGUUCGACCCUAAGCAGAGUUUCACCUUUGUCGAUGGUGGAAGAACGGGCAGCAUCACGUUUGCCACGGGCGUCGGUGUCGACCCUGUCGUUGGUGCCAACUACAUACUCACGCUCCGAAGCGGGACGGACACGAUGGCUGUCGGGGGUUUUGUGGUGCCCAAUGUAGAUCUUUUCCUGAUCACCAACCAGACGCCUGCGUUUGACAUUGAUCCGUUCAGUGGGAUCCAGGGCAUGGGCGCACAGGCGUCCGGUCUCUUUGCCGUUUUGGUAGAACAAGGGGUUCUUUGCCUAACAUUUCAGCAGCCCUUCAGGAACGCGGAACUAACUUUGGGCGGCAUCGACGAAACGAAAUUCCAAGGUGACCUCAUCUUUGCGUCACUCCCGACGCCUCCGAGCGGUGUCUGGCAGCUGCCCUUGCCAGGAGUCGCAGUGAACGGAGCGACAACGGCGCUGCUGAACACUUCGCGGAGCAUCUUCCUUGACAGCGGGAGUAGCAACGCGCUCUUUUCCACCGACACCGCAGAGCUACAGUCACACGCACUACUAGCCAUCUACGCGCCCAUAUUGCCCGACAUCGCCCCCCAUCCCUUAGAGCUCGGCGCCUACGGCAUCGCAUGUGACCGCAUCUCCUCCCUCGUCGCCGUCAUAUCCCUCGGCUUUACCGGUCAGGACGGGCACUUGUUCAACCUUACCAUUCCCUCCUCCGAGCUCAACGUAGGUCCGUUUGCCGAUGACCCGACCGUGUGCCAGACCCUCAUCAGCGCCCUUGAUGGCCUGGAGCUCGUGGGUGGGAGGCUGCUCAAGCAUUACUACAAUAUCUGGGACAUUGGUGCGCAGAGGAUGGGGGCUUUGCAGAAGCUGUUUAAAGUGUUCGUAUUGUCUAGCAAAGCGAUAAUAUAUAUAUAUAUAUGUAUGUAUACAGUGUCAUUGGUAUCGAUGAUGGUGAUCGUGUCCACCUACCAUGGGUCUCUCGUGCGCUGA